AUGACGAGCAAGGCAACCAGCGGCAGGUGCGACAUCUCCCCCGCGCUGAGCGGCGAGGCAAGGUGCGGCUCCAGUGGACCAGGCGAGGUGCAGCUCCGGCUACGAGGCGAGGUGCGGCUACGGCGUGUGCGGCUUGGUAGGGGCACGGCCAAGGGCCAAGGAUCUUCCUUCAGUUGCUGUGGUUUCAUGGGCACCGUGCAGGCUGAGUGGUCAUAUCUGCGAAUUGCCCUUUGGAUGUAUGUUCGUUCUUAUUAUAAGUUCUUCUGUAACAAAGUGUGGAUCACGCGUGAAAUUUGGAACUGGUCAAACUUCAUCAUCCUGUAA